CCGCCGCCUGGGGAGGGCGCCCGCAGCCGGGCCGGGGCCAGCGCGGCGAUGAUGCACCGGUUCCGAAAGUGGCUGUACAAACCCAAGAGGUCAGACCCGCAGCUGCUUGCCCAGUUCUACUACGCAGACGAGGAGUUGAACCAGGUGGCGGCAGAGCUGGACAGCCUGGACGGGCGGAAGGAACCGCAGAGGUGCACCCUGCUGGUCAGCCAGUUCCGCUCCUGCCAGGACAACGUGCUGAAUAUCAUUAACCAGAUUAUGGAUGAGUGCAUCCCCCAGGAUCGUGCCCCGAGGGACUUCUGCGUCAAGUUCCCCGAGGAGAUCCGGCAUGACAACCUGGCCGGCCAGCUGUGGUUCGGAGCCGAGUGCCUGGCCGCUGGCUCCAUCAUCAUGAAUCGUGAGCUGGAGAGCAUGGCCAUGAGGCCGCUGGCCAAGGAGCUGACCCGCAGCCUGGAGGACGUGCGGAGCACCCUGCGUGACCAGGCGCUGCGUGACCUCAAUGCCUACACGGAGAAGAUGCAGGAGGCGCUGCGCCACUUCGACGUCCUGUUCGCGGAGUUCGAGCUGAGCUAUGUCUCAGCCAUGGUGCCCGUGAAGUCCCCUCGGGAGUACUACAUGCAGCAAGAGGUCAUUGUCCUGUUCUGUGAGACGGUGGAGAGAGCCCUGGACUUUGGGUACCUCACCCAGGACAUGAUUGACGACUAUGAGCCGGCCCUCAUGUUCACCAUACCCAGGUUGGCCAUCGUGUGUGGCCUCGUGGUGUACGCAGACGGACCGCUGAACCUGGACCGCAAGGCGGAGGACAUGUCUGAGCUGUUCCGGCCCUUCCAUACGCUGCUGCGGAAAAUAAGGGACUUGCUGCAGACCCUCACGGACGAGGAGCUGCACACUCUGGAGCGGAACCUCUGUAUCUCCCAGGACGUGGAGUUCCCCAUCCGAGCAGAUGCCCAGGUGCCCACCACCCUGGCCCCCGCCUUCUCCGCACCCUCAGCCCCCACAGAGCCGCUCUCCACCAAGGCCAAGGACCCAGACACAGAGCUGGCCUGCUCCAUGCAGUACGAUGACCAGGAGCUGGAGCAGCUCAACCGCAUGGUCCACAGGGCAGGGGACGAGAUGUCGUCCCUCCUGUCUCCGCCUAGUGCCUGCCAGUCCCCUGCUCACAGGCCAGGGGCCGAGGGCAGCCCCCGCGGGGAGGUCUCUCCUGCCAGGGUGCGGCUAGAGCAGGGGAGUGACGAGGAGAGGGUGUUCUUCAUGGAUGACGUGGAGGGGACGGGAGAGGCCCCCGGCAGGCCAGAGGCACCGGGCAGCCCCUUCAGGUGGGCGGGUAGCACCUGUGUCCAUCCCCAGGAGAGAGGGCAGGCUGAGGAGAGCAGAGAGGUGGGGCCCAGUGAGCCUCCGGCAGAAGAGGAUGAGGACUCACGCAACAACAACAUUGAAGAUGACAAGAUGCGGGUGGUGAACCUCUUGGGCACCAACUCCUGCAGCUGCCUGGAUGCUCAGCUGUCACUGGAUGGUUGGGAGGCCAGCGCCGAUGACGCCGAGACAGCCGAGAUGAUCGCCCACCGGACAGGGGGCAUGAAGCUCUCGGCCACGGUCAUCUUCAACCCUAAGUCACCGACGUCCUCGGACUUGGCUGUCACUGCCCCAAAAGCUCCAGGCAGAGGGGUUUCCCCACCAGACCCCACUGUGCUGAAGGUGGACACUGAGCCCCACACACUCACCCCGGCCGCCACCAACUGCCUCAUUAACUCCUGUGUGUGCUGUGGGAGCUGUGGGGACAGCAGGGAUGAGGCUGUCGAGAGCUUACAGAAGUGCAGCCCUGGGAAUGUCAUCAGCGCCUCUCAUACAGGCUUGGCCAAGGCCAGCGACAAGGGUCCUGGGGAGAGACUGGAGAAGGGCCUGCCUGCCCCGGAGGAGCUGCCUGUGGGCGCCAUGGCCCCUCUGCCCCCAGAAGACGUCCCUGAUGGGCAGGAGCCCAAAGUCUCUUCUUCCUCCCAGGGCCUGGCACACACAGUGGGUUCCCAGGUGGACCCAGGAGGUGGAUUGCCAGGUGAGGGUGAUGUCGGAGGUCAGCAGGAGGGCGAGGGCAGGACACAGGACACUGGGAAGGAGGCCAUGAAAGAGAGUCAGCUAGAGCCAACGGCCCAGCAGGAAGCCCGGUGCCAGCCGGGCUCCAGCGACUCCACAGCAGCUUCCUGCUCCUCAGACAAGGCUCCCGAGGCAGCCCCCACGGCCCCACAUGAUGCCCCUGUGGCCAUGAGGGAAAAGAUCCGGUCCCGGUUCCACAGCAGCCACGACCUGAUCCACCGCCUCUUCGUCUGUAUAUCAGGUGUGGCAGACCAGCUGCAGACAAACUAUGCAAGCGACCUGAGAAGUAUCCUCAAGACCCUGUUUGAAGUCAUGGCUACAAAGCCGGAAACAGAUGACAAGGAGAAGCUGAAGAAGGUCACCCAGACGCUGCGGAGCGCAGCCCUGGAGGACUGCGCCCUGUGCCAGGAGACCCUAUCGUCCUCCGAGCUCGCAGCCAAGGCCCAGGAUGGGGACUUCGAAGACCCUCCCGAGUGGGUGCCGGACGAGGCCUGUGGCUUGUGCACUGCCUGCAAAGCACCCUUCACCGUCAUUCGCCGGAAGCACCACUGCCGGAGUUGUGGGAAGAUCUUCUGCUCCCGCUGCUCCUCGCACUCAGCGCCGCUGCCACGCUACGGGCAGAUGAAGCCAGUCCGUGUGUGCACACACUGCUACAUGUUCCACGUCACACCCUUCUACAGCGACAAGGCGGGCGUCUGACACGGCACCUGGGCUCAUCCCCAAAUCCACCAUGGGCAGCAAUGACUUGAAUUCCCGGGAAGAAGGCCGGGGUCCCCACCGUGGCCCCUGCUGUGGCCCCCACUGUGGCUGCCCGCCUCCUCCCUCCCCAGGCCAUGCCACGGAGGGUUUUCAUCGCAUUUCAUCUGCUGCGGCUGUUGCUGCUGCUGAAGGGGCCACAGGGCCGCUUUGGCUUCCACAACUUCCAGAGCCACUGUCCCAUCCACCCUGAGUCAGGCCAGGGCCCACAGGUGGCCAAUGAGGGCAGCCUGGGUACCUAGUGGCUGCCAUGGGCAGAAUGUCUGCUCGGCUGAGGGUCAGGGGUCUCCUGCCUGCCCACCUGCCCCUACCUGCUGAGCUCUGCUACUACUGCCUCGGGGUUCAGCCAUAGUAAUACCUGGGGGCCGCCCUCACUUGACCCUGGGUAUUGGGGCGGUCACUGGCUAAGCUCCAGGCAGCCCCAACCCCAGCCCAGGCACCAGGGGGCCAAAUCUCGGGGCAGGUGGCGGAUAGGAAGAUAAUGUGGCCCUUGAGGACAGCAUCACAGCAGGGCUUCUCCCAGGGCUUUGCUAAGGGCUGGCCCUUUCUCCCUGAGGGCCCGCAGCUACCACACCUCAUUCCCCUCUGCCACCACCCCCUCCACGGCCCUGCCUCAGGACCUUGGCUAAAACAACGCGUCUCAUUUCUUCUCGGAGGGGAAAAUGCAGAGAGUGGGCCCUGUUAAGCAGGGUGGGCCCUAGAAGCGUCUGCUGGCUGUCCUAUACCUGCUGACCGGAAGAGGGGCCAGGCCACGUCCCCCACAGCAGGGAGGCCCCAGGAAGAGGAUCCUGGGGGUUCUCAGGCGGGGUGUACUGGGCAGCCGAGGAUCACCAGGGCCACUUACGUGGCUGCUACCGCCCCUCUUCUUCUGCAUCCCUUCGUGCUCUGGACCCUCCUCAGACACUGGCGUGGCCGGGCCAGGCACUGACAGCCCCAGCACGGACUCCUCCUCAGGCUUAAAUCUCAGGCUUCAUGUUGCAAGGACGACUGCAGUUUUAUUUUUAGAGAGAUGACACACCUGAUGCUUCUUUUAUAGGAUAAAAAUCCAGUCACACCUUAACAGUGGGAUAAGUGCACCCAAAGAUGGCUUCUGUGGAAAAAAAGUAUAUGAUGGAGUGAAUAUUAUUAUGUAUUUGAGAUUAUUUUUAUUUUCUAAAUGCUGUAAUUUGGAGCCAUUUCCAUAAAUCUA